AUGUGGUUUCAGCAUGACGGCGCUCCAGCUCACUUCAGCACCAUCGUGCGUGAUUAUUUAAACGAACUAUACGGAGACAGAUGGAUUGGACGAGGCGGACCAGUAGCGUGGCCGGCACGAAGCCCUGAUAUGACCCCCCUAGAUUUUUUUUUGUGGGGCCACAUGAAACAGAUUGUGUACAGUACUCCAAUUAGUACAAGAGAAGAAUUGUUACAAAAAGUAAUGGCUGCGGCUAGUCAAAUAAAAGAAAAUCGUACAGUAUUAAAAAAAACAGUACGCAGUGUGGCAUUACGUACAACUGUAUGUAUGGAUGAAAAUGGUGGUCAUUUUGAAAAUUUAAUAAAUUAA